AUGUAUAUUUACGAACUACCAUUUGAGAUUAACAAAGAGUUAUGUCGACUACUGGAUAUUGAAGACUAUUGGAAGGAAUUAGCAGGCAAUCAUAUGAAAUAUUCAGCUUUCGAUGUUAAUGACAUAGAACAGACCGCCCGCCGCUUUUCUAUGUCACCCACUAAUCAACUAUUUACACGGUGGGGUCAGCUAAACCACAGAGCAGAAGAACUAUUCAUUCUAUUAUAUAGAAUGAAGCACAUACCAGCACUGAAUUGUCUAGCGCCUGCUGUAAAUAAGGAUUUCCACAAGCUCCUUAAUAAACAUAAGAAUUCAAGCAGUGCUAAGGCAGCCUGUCACACUGCUCUAGUACAAGAUAAAUCACCACAAAAAACAGAUGGCAGCUUUAGCUCAAUACCUUUGCCUGUUAUGUUAAUGGAAAAGGUGGAUGGUGUACAGCAGCCUACUUCAAGUAUACACAAUGGCACCGCACCCAGUCCAUAUGAGACAAGUUCAGAUAUAAGCAAGGAUUCGUCCACUGGAGGCAAGGCGAACAAUGACGAGUAUGAAAUCAUGAAGAGAGUCUCGUCCAUACCGAAGAUGAGUUAUGAAGAACUAAAGGAGGCCACUGACAAUUGGAGUAAUAACAACUUGCUGGGUAGAGGCGGAUUUGGACAAGUUUUCAAAGGUGAAUGGAAACACCUCCCCGUUGCUGUUAAGCGGCUGCAGCGCGAAAACGACGGCCGGAACAAGGAGUUAAUCGCAGAAAUGUGUCUCAACCAGUAUCGACAUGACAAUAUUCUACCGCUGUAUGGAUACUGUUUAGGAGGUCCAGAAGCAUGUCUAGUAUACCAGCUGAUGGCGGGCGGCUCACUAGAACAGAGACUUAGAGGCAAGACUCAUCAUCCGCCGCUCACGUGGUCCCAGCGUUAUAAUAUUGCGCACGGUGUGGCUCGAGGCCUUCAGUUCUUACACACGAUGGCCGGUACCCCUCUUAUCCACGGUGACAUAAAACCAGCCAACAUUCUACUGGAUCAAUGCCUUAUGCCCAAGAUCGGUGACUUCGGUCUAGCUAGGAAAGGACCCUAUGGAGAAGAUAGAACACAUUUAAAAGUUUCAAGGGUAUUCGGCACCCGGCCCUACCUGCCGUACGAGUAUCUGAGCACCCGCUGUCUGUCUCCAGCAGUGGACGUAUACAGCUAUGGCGUGGUUAUGGUUGAGAUGGCUACAGUACUACUUGCGCUGGACAGAGACCGGAAAGUCCAGUUGCUAAGCCAGCAUAUACACGAAAUAGCUAAACUUGGAAUUGAUCCAGCCACGCUAGAGGAUCCAGUAAUACGAGGAACUGCGUAUUCGAACCCGUCGAUGUGCCGCGAGUUCUUUUCUAUCGGACUACACUGUACAAAAUUCAAGCGAAAUGAACGGCCCACUAUGCUGGAGGUUUUUAAGAGACUAAAUGCUUUCCAAACGCCUCAGGCAAACUUCACUUGA